AUGUUUGCCUCACCAUACCAUUACUACAGCUACCUUGAACUGCAAAUUAUUCUCCUCUCUAUGGGUUAUUUUAUCUAUGACUCGAUUGAUAUGGUCAUCAAUGAAACCCUGAAUGUGAGCAGCGUUGUUCUGAUGAUUCACCAUCUCUGCUCGGUAAUCUUCCUGUCAAUGGUAUCAUCGAUAUUCCUACAUAGCCGAGGGUUACUGAAUCAAAGCAAAUUGUCGACCACGUCCAUGAUUAGCCUUUAUAAGGUGCUAUCCUAUGUCAAUAUUAUUGCAUUCGUUCCGUUCCGAUUUUUUAAUCAAGCAUUUUUGACGCUUUGGUCUUUCGUCAACAUUUACAACAUCCACUGGUUAUUCUUUAUUCUGUCAAUGGUGUGCAAUUUAUGUUUUCUGGCAACAAACUGUGCGCUAUUUCUUCGUCUUCUGCACAGUGACGGUUUCAUCUGCGGCAAAGUGACGAAUGAACGCCUUGGCGUUUUUGCUGAAGACGUGGAAUAUAAGGAAGUCGAGAAAGGGGAGCUACUCCAGAAACGUGAAAAUUUCGAUCCCCAUUCUUAG